AUGACCAGCGACACAACAACCUCGCCUCCUCCAAUCACCACCACCGAGACAACCUCCAAACCUACAACAACUACAACCACCCCGGCAACUACACCGGUCCCCAUCCUCACACUGACCACGCGCCCCCCGGCUACAACCACGGAGACCACCGCCCUUCCAACUACAACCACGGCUGCUGUACCGGUACCGGUCAUCACAACAGACGAACAACAGACGACAGCACAGGACACCACCGAGGCCGCUACUACAACCGUAGCAGCAACCACGUUACAACCGAACACCACCACAGCUGUGCCAGACCGACCGACGACUUCAUCUACACUGACGACAGAGUUGGCAGCGUCUACCGCCGGCGAUACCACAGUUGGCGCGGCGUCUUCACCUGUGACGACCCGUGCUGCUGAUACCACAACCGCCACGACAACAUCAGUUCCGCAGACGACGGAAAACCCUACCGAAGGACCCACCAGCGUAGCGCCAGCCCCUGGAACAACAGCACCCGUGGUUGGUCAAACCACACGGUCUACCGUACCCGCACCAACAACUACUGUACCCGCACCAACAACGUUCCCACCAAUUCUCACAACAUAA